AUGUACUCUAUAGCCAAAAUAAUCAAGAAAACAUAUAAUGAGCAAAUUGGAUUUUCUGCGCGCCAUUGCUUCUCUCUGGAGGAUCUUGUUCGACACGUUGCUUUACCUUCGUUUGUUAAGGUAUGCCGUGGCGAUAUACCUCUCGAUGCUGAAGCUGGAGCAAGACUGACUUGUCAUUUACUGUUAAGGCUAUUUAAGACUGUAGAGUGCCCUCAACCAGGAAUGUACUCAGUGAGCACAUCGCCUCACCCAAUUCCUACCCAGGGCCCUCAAUAUUCCAUAAAACUCAGCUGUGAUAGACAUUUGUUGGCUGCCGCUCACAAAAACAUUAGCGUGGAGCCAAUAUUGGCGGUACUGAAAACCAUAUUGGUUGUCGGUGAUACUACAGCACGUGACGGUGGCAAUUCCAAAAAUAACGGAAAACGAAGCGGACUGUCGACACCCGUACACCCAGGUAGCACCCCGAAAGGACAACUUGGGGCGAGUGAAUUAUCACACAUUUUGGGAACUAGUGAUAUGAGUCUUAUAGGAGCUGCUGAUGACCCUAUGUUGGACUUGACGAUGGUAGAUUUGGAAGCAGGAAAUCGUCAUGCUCAAAGGUCAAUUUUUUUAAUAGAAUUUUAUGAAUGUCCGCUUUUUGUUUGUCUGUGUCGUUGUCGUUUUUGUAAAUAA